AUGGGGAAUCUGCAGAAUGAGUGGUCUGGAGACGCCCACCUCUCCCACUCCUGGCCGCUCCCACUGCUGGGGAACUUGCUGCAGCUGGAGUCUGGACGGCUGGACCAUACUCUCAUGGAGGUAGCCCCGAGACUUUCUGGCCGCUGGGGCCCGGUGUUCACAGUGCGGCUGGGCCGGCGCCCUGCAGUGGUUCUCUGCGGCUACUCAGCGCUGCGGGACGCAUUAGUGCUGCAGGCGGAUGCCUUCUCUGGCCGUGGGGCCACGGCUGUGUUCGAACGCUUCACUCGCGGAAACGAUGAGUCCCCGGCGGCGGCGGAAGUGCUGGUCUGGACCACCCAGUUCGAGCGAUUUAAAGGGCUGGACCGGGGCAAUGGGGCGGUGCCUAAUAAGAAUAAAGGCCAAUGCCAAUGUGCGGAUAGGACCGAGAAGGCUGGGUUUGCAGCAAAAAGGUCUGGAAAGCAGCAGAGUGAAGGGUGGCGAGGAGGCGGGCUCCAAGACCGGACGCUUCCAGGACGGGCGUGGCCAACUCCCCGGGCCGUCCCCUUCUCUGCCCCACCCCCAGGCAUCGUGUUUUCUAACCGGCGGCGCUGGCUGACGCUGCGAAAUUUUGCACUGGGAGUACUGGAGGAGUUCCGGCUGGGAGCGCGGACCAUAGAGGAGCGCAUCUUGGAGGAGGCGGAUUGUCUGCUUGGCGAAUUUCAAGCCACCAUUGGAGCACCGUUUGACCCCCGGCGGCUACUAGAUAAUGCUGUAUCUAAUGUUAUCUUUUCGGUGGUCUUCGGGAACCGCUAUAGCUAUGAGGACCCAGAGUUCCUGAGGCUCCCGGACCUCUUCAAUGACAACUUCCGCAUCAGGAGUUCUAGAUGGGGUGAGAUGUACAAUAUUUUCCCCUCCCUCCUUGACUGGCUCCCGGGUCCACACCACCGAAUCUUUCAAAACUUCACGGAGCUUCAGGUCUUCAUCUCUGAGCAAAUCCAGCAGCACCAACAGACACAGCAGCCAGGGGAGCCCCGCGAUUUCAUCGAUUGCUUCCUCGAUCAGAUGGAGAAGGAACAGAAAGACCCAGAGAGACAUUUCCAGGAGGAGACGUUGGUGAUGACCACACACAACUUUUUCUUUGGCGGCACUGAGCCCACAAGCACUGUUCUGCGUUACGGGCUCCUUAUUCUGCUUAAGUACCCUGAGCUCACGCCCUCUGCCCACCCCAGCCAAAGUGCAGUGGUAGGUCGGACACGCACCCCGAGGCUGGAGGACCGCAAGCGCCUGCCCUACACCAGCGUGCUGCACGAGAUCCAGCGCUUCAUCAGCGUGCUGCCGCUGGGGCUGCCACGCGCCCUCACCCGGGACACCCACCUGCGUGGCUACUUUUUGCCCAAGGGUAAUCCUUAUGGCAUCCCCCACGGCACCUUUGUGAUUCCUCUCCUGGUGUCUUCACACCAGGACCCCACCCAAUUCAAGGACCCAGACUGCUUCAACCCCACCAACUUCCUGGACGACAAGGGCGAGUUCCAGAGCAAAGAUGCCUUCAUGCCCUUUGCCCCAGGCAAGCGAAUGCGUCUGGGUGCAGGCCUGGCACGGUCCGAGAUCUUCCUCUUCCUCACCACCAUCCUGCAGCGGUUCUGUCUGCUCCCCAUGGGGAGCCCCACCAGCAUCGACCUCACCCCGCGGUACACCGGCCUGGGCAAUAUUCCCCCAGCCUUCCAGCUCCGCCUGGUGGCCCGCUGAGGCCAGGCUCAGCUGCCCUCUGCUCACUGGCUCUCAGACUUCCUUACCUGUCUUGGUCAAUAAAGGCCCUGAAUUGCAAA